AUGAGUGGUGAGCUUCAUCAGAGUGAGCGACAGACUAUACUAAGCAGACUUCUGGAUGCAGUCAAACAAUGUCAAGUUCGAUUUGGUGGAAGGUCUGAGCUAGCAACAGACUUAGACAGCAGGGUCUCGUGUCUUUGCUCUGCCUGGGAGACAGCACUUCAACACGGCAUGAGGAAGAACAAUACAGCUCUGUCUGCUUUCAAACAGAUUACCGAGAAAUAUGGUUUGCUGAAGGUGGCCAACUUGUUUUCAGAUGCUAACAAUCUUGAAACAGACCCAGUUUUCUGGCAUUACGCAAGAAUGCACCUCUCCAGAGAUGAGCUGCAGAGGUUCUCAAAGCUGAACCUGGUGAACACAGACUUGGGCCGAGGUAGAGCCUGGCUGCGGGCAUCCCUGAAUGAGCAGGCGCUGGAACGUUACAUGCUCAUGCUGAUAGAGAGUGAUGAAAUGUUGUCACUUUACUACGAGGACUGGGCUUUUCUCCGUGAUGUGGAAAGGAACAGCAUGUUACCAGUUAUGGCUGCAGGUUUGGGUUCGAUACUGUUUGCCAUCACAGUUGACAAGCCAGAGUUGAAUGGGGGGCAUGCAGCAUCUAUUUUAGUCAGCGCCAAAAGUAUCAUUGACGUAGGGAAGGAUACAGGCAAAGGGGAGGAACCUACACCAGUCAUUUCAGAAUGUAUGUCAACAGACCAUGGCAGUAAGAAAAAGGAGAAAAGGAAAAAGAAGAAAGUGACGAAUGUUGUGGUCUUUGAUGAGGACAGCACUACAGGAACUGUGGUGCGAAAAAGCAGCCUACUUGACAGUUUUGGGCCACCUUACUUUACAAAACAACAUCCUGUUGGAGAAACACGAGGGCAUGGGGAUGGCACACCAGGUGACAGAAUGCUUGAAUCAGAAGCUGUAGUUCAUGGUGGCUCUGAGUCCAGCGGAGACCCUGUGCUGUCGGCAUUAAUUCGUAUUUCCAACCAGGUCAGCUCGGCUUCCAUGGGAACAGAGAGCCCUAGCAAACAGCCUGGUAUUGGGUUACCAGGAGCAGAUCGUGACUCCAGAAUAAUGAUGACCCCUGUGGGAUGUGAUGGUGUCAUCAUGGGCUCUGAUUUGAUUCCAGUUUCCGAUACAUCAUCAGCACACUUGUGGUCUCCAGGUGUAAGGGAAGCUACAGCCUUCAGUAGGCAGCAGACAGGCGAUACAUCAUCAGGUGGACUGAUUGCCCAGCACAGUCUUCCUAGCAGUAAUCUAUUGCCGAAUGCAAGGGACACUUCCCAUGCAAGAUCCAUCUUGAUAGAUUCGUUCUCUCAUGAUGAAAUGAAACGAGCCGUGGUUACCAUGAUAGGAAGAAAAGAUUCAGAGCAGGAGCUGACUCGGCAACUAGAAAGUAUGGUGGAGCAGGAAAUUGACAGAUCUUCCACAUUGAAAGCUGAAAUUGAAGAACUAAAGAAGCAGUAUGUGAUCACACUGGAAAAUGAGCAGCUUAAAGUACAGGCUUUGCAGAAGGAGAAUGAGUUGCUGAAACACCAGCUGAAGAAAUAUGUCAGUGCUGUACAGUUGCUGAGGACAGGAGGAAACAGCCAAGAAGAGCCUGUAGGAAUCCUUGCAGAGGAAUCACUGCCAGGUCUGUCACCAUCAAACUCAACAGUUGACUACAGCCACGAGGCUGCUGAGUACGAGAAGAAACUUGUACAGGUGGCUGAGAUGCAUGGAGAGUUAAUGGAGUUCAAUGAGCUGCUUCACCGUCAGCUGGGAGCUAAAGAUGUCCUAGUCAGACGGCUCAUGGAGGAACUUGUUGUCCUUAGAGGACCAUUGCCUUGUGACAAACAUGUCAUUCAUGAUACUGGACAAGAGUUGGACAAUGUAUGCUUACAGCGACCUCUGAUCAACAUCUGGAUUCCUUCAGCAUUCCUCAGGGGAAGUGCCAACAAGAUGCAUCAUGUUUACCAGGUUUUUGUUCGGAUCCGAGAUCAAGAAUGGAAUGUCUACAGACGAUACAGCCAGUUUCUAGACACUCACCUCCGAUUGAAGAAAGUUUACCCAAUCAUUGGCACUUUUGAGUUUCCACCAAAAAAGACAAUUGGAAAAAAGGAUGCCAGAUUGGUAGAGUCAAGGCGCAAACUGUUUCAGACCUACCUGCGAAGAGUCAUCAAUUUAAUGGUGGAGAAAAGUCCUGAGAUGGCAGCAAAUGUCAGCAAGGAGAAACUGGUCCUGGUCUUGCCGUUCUUCAACAAAGGGAAGUGGUCAACCAUUGUCAUGACCUGGUAUAUGUAA